CAAAGGAAGGGAGAAUUAAAGUCCAGCAACUCCAUGCUGCGAUAUCUUUUGAACUCUUCUUUUUUAAAAAACAACACAUUCUAAUAGAGUUACCAUAACCUGACACUUUGAUUCUUAAGAAGAUUCUUCUUAUCACAGAUCUUCUGCAUAUUUCUGUUGGCCAUUAACACCAGCAGAUAUUCAAAUGGAUUUGUGGUGGAUAUGAGCGUAGAAGAGCUGUAAUCGCUUCCUGUGGAAAACCAUUGUGUGGUGCAUGGAAGAUCUCUAAACUGAAUGUGGGAUGCACAUAAAAGUCAGUGUGUUCUGAAGAUCUCCAAACUGCGAGUUCACAGCAACAAUGCUAGGACUGCUGUAAGAAAGUAAUCCCAUUUCACACAGUUUUCAACAGUGAACUGAAGAAAGUUAUGAAGACAAUUUCCUCCUCAAACAUAAGCAACAUUUCAGUGGAUGACAUUUCCAUAGACCAUGUCAACCAGACCGCGUUUUCUCAGCCUGGCUGGCAAAUAGCACUUUGGGCUAUCACCUAUUUAUUCAUAGUCAUCGUAUCGGUUGUGGGCAAUGGCACUGUCAUUUGGAUUAUCUUGUCUCACCAACGGAUGAGGACUGUUACCAACUAUUUUAUUGUUAACUUGGCUUUUUCUGACCUGCUAAUGACUGCCUUGAACACAGUGUUCAAUUUUAUUUAUGCCAGCCACAACGUCUGGUAUUUCGGUGAGGGAUUCUGUCGGUUUCUUAACUUUAUUCCUGUUACGGCAAUGUUUGUGAGCAUUUAUUCUAUGACUGCUCUUGCUGCUGAGAGGUAUAUGGCUAUAGUUUACCCUUUCAGGCAAAAGCUCUCUGCUGGGUACACCAAAGUGGUCAUAGGAAUAAUCUGGUUGGUGGCUUUUGGACUUGCUUUCCCACAGUUCUUUUAUGCACAAAUUCGUGUCGACUACGGAAUGACCAAAUGUGUUGUUGCCUGGCCAGAUGAUGUUCAUCGUAAAAAUCUCAUCACGUACCACAUUACAGUCAUUGUUUUGGUGUACCUCCUGCCUCUCCUAGUGAUGUUUAUCACAUACAGUGCAAUAGGAAAGGCUCUGUGGAAUAAUGCUGUUCCUGGAGAUCACACUAAUGUGCUCAGCUACCAGCAUAUGAUUACAGCCAAAAAAAAGUUCGUCAGGACAAUGGUUGCAGUCGUGAUCACAUUUGCCAUCUGCUGGUUCCCUUAUCAUCUCUACUUCGUCUUGGGGAACAUCCGGAAAGACAUUUACAGGCAGAAGUACAUUCAACAAGUAUACCUGGCGGUGUUUUUGCUUGCCAUGAGCUCUGCGAUGUAUAGUCCAAUUAUUUAUUGCUGCCUUAAUCAAAAGUUCCGCUCUGGUUUCAAGAUAGCUUUCCAGUGCUGCCCUUGCAUCAAAGCAACGGAAAGAGACAGACUUAACCUUACUCCCCGAUUGCCUUUAAAGAAGACCUGGAGAGAUCACGCAUCUAACAACCUGACAAGCACAGGAACACAGACAACCAAUACAGACAAUGUACCAUUAAGUACUAUGUAUUUGGUCGUUUGACUGUUAUGCCAAUAGCUUGAUUAACGGCUUCUUGUCAUGUUUCUUCAUUGCAGAUUAAAAAUAU